AUGCUGCGCUCCUUCGCGGACGGCAGCAUCGCGAUGGGCCCCGAGCUCGCCGAGUCCGCGAUCGAUCGCCUUCAACGCUGUCUGCUUCGCCAAGGCAACUCGGUUCCCUCCGGAAUGGCUCUGCUGAAAUGCUUCGAUUCGGUUAUGAUGCCGCUAAUGCUCCACUACGGAACCAGCGACCGCGAAAAGGGGUAUAUCAUCGGUGUGUUCAUCUCGACGCUGCUCGCUAGCAGCGAAACGCUCGCGUUGCAGCCCGGGUUUUCUUCGUUCUGGCUUCGCGUGAUCGACGUGCUGUGCAAGUUCGUGUCGCAAGGCGGAGGCGUGGGCGAAACGACGACGGAGCGACUGAAGAACUUGCUGCUGGUGAUGAUCGUGGAGAAACGAUUCGAUACGAUGAGUCGAGUGAGCGAGCAGAACGCUCUGGAAGCGACGAUGACGAUGCUGGAUAGCUAUUGUCCCACGAUCCGCGUGGAUUUGGAGCGAAUGCAGAAGGGAGAAGUUCCCAACGAAACCAAGCGCGUGAAUGAACAAACGGCCAGCAGGACCGAGGCGCAGAGUGGGGAAACGGGGAAACCGAGUGGAGAAGUGGAGAGUCAAGCGGGAGAAAUGGAGAAACCGCGUGAGGAAACGGUGGAUUCAUCGAAGGAGUCGGUGGAAACGAAUCCAAACGAAGCGAUCGAAGUGCCGAUCGUUGAAGAAAAGUCCAAUGAAUCGAAUGAAUUGAAUGAGUCGAAUGAGCCGAAUGAAGUAAAUGAAUCCAAUGAAGUAAAUGAAUCCAAUGAACCCAAUGAAUCCAAUGAACCCAAUGAAUCCAAUGAGUCGAAUGAAUCCAAUGAAUCCAACGAGUCCAAUGAAUCCAAUGAGUCGAACGAAUCCAAAGAGGGCGAAGCGAUCGCUGUAGUGGACGAGAAAGAGAAGGAGAACGUCGCUGCAAGCGAGGUUUUUGUGGAGCCGUCGCAGUCGGGCGAGUCGGAAUCGGCGGGUUCGGUACAGGAAGACAAAACAGAGGAAGCGGUGCAGAGCCCGGAGAUUCCAGCGGAGAUUAUCCACGUUCAGGACAGUGAAUAGUUGAUUUA